AUGGGCGCCAACGAUGAACCAGUAACCAGGAAAUCCUGGCAAGAACUUCAAGCAGCUAAGGAGGCAGAGCGGGAUUCGAGAAUACCAUCGGAAUGGAAAUUAAAAAAAGAAUAUUUCCCACCCGAAGACAUUGUUGACCUUCGACCAUUCGUAAAUUCAUGCGAAAUCUUGUCUCCAGCUGAGCUAGCAAUUACUAGCGAGGAAUAUGAUGCUACAUCACUAGCUGCAGCCAUUGCCAAAGGCAAGUUCACUGCUGAAGAAGUUGUGAUAGCCUUUUGCAAGCGCGCGGCGGUAGGGCAUCAACUCUGCAACAUGUUGACGGAGAUCAUGUUUAAGGAUGCCAUAGAAAGGGCCAAGGAACUUGACAGCAUUUUCAAGACUACUGGGAAAGUUGUAGGGCCAUUGCAUGGGGUCCCCAUGACAUUCAAGGAGUGCUUUCAUUUCAAGGGCUACGACUCGACGAAUGGAUAUAUGUCUCGAGUCUUCCAACCGGCCGAGCGCACAUCGCCACUACCGGAACUUCUACAAGCUGCUGGAGCCGUGGUCAUCUCUAAGACGAACGUGCCCCAGACUAUGUUGGUCGCGGAGAGUCACAAUAACGUGUUUGGACGCUCUAAGAAUCCCGUAAACUCGCGUUUGACCACUGGUGGGAGUAGCGGUGGCGAGGGUGCAAGUCAGGCCUUUCGAUGCAGUGCUCUCGGCGUCGGAACCGACGUUGGAGGAUCGAUACGAAUUCCUGCAGCUUGUAAUGGUGUUUACGGAUAUAAGCCUAGCUUUGGGGUAAUUCCUAUGAUCGGCUACUCAUAUUCGGGUUGGACUGGGUCCAACACGGGUGUUCCGGCAGUGACGGGCCCUCUCGGACAUUCGGUGCGCGACCUAGAUCUUUUCGCUCGUGUUGUCAGGAGUGCAAAGCCUUGGGAUUUCGACCCCGCAGUCAUACCAAAUAUCAUGGAAUUUCCUGCGCCCGUUUCGCGAAAGCCUAUCGUUGGUGUCAUUCACGCAUCUGGUCUCACUCCCCACCCUCCAGUGCGGAGAGCCUUGAGGGAAGCUGUGUCCAAGUUGACAGCUGCCGGUUUUGAGGUUCGAGAUUUCAAUCCUCCUGACUUUAUUGGUAUCCGCGACAUUACAGAGCAGUUGUUCACUCUAGAUGGAUUAUCAUACCCGAAACAAGAGUUCGCUAAGUCGGGCGAACCAGUGGUCCCGAGCGUCAUUAAGAUCGGGUUUUGGGAUAUUCCGCGGAAGAGUCAGGAGGAAGCGUGGCAGUGGAACACGAAGAAGGGACAAAUUCAGAAAGAGAUGUUGGAUGAAUGGCAGAGGGUGGGUUGUGAUGUAGUCCUAGCGCCCGCUGGUCCACAUACGGCGGUCUUACCUGGCGAUUGGACCAGUGAUAUUUAUACAGUAGCUUGGAACGUAACUGACUAUCCUGCCAUAAUCGUGCCCUUUACCCACGCCGAUCCAGCCCUUGAUCCCAUCGACACUGAAUUCAAGGCCAAGCACGAAGCGGAUCAGAAGAACCAAGAGAUGUAUGACCCGGAGCUUUUUAAGGGAGCGCCGGUCGCUUUGCAGUUAGUCGGCCCAAGAUUGGGAGAUAAACAGCUGCUCAAGGACGUUGAACUUCUCGACAGUGUGCUUAAUAGUACCACUUAG